UGUUGAACAUAUUCACCUGUGUUUCAUUCCGCUAGGCAUGGCAAGCCCGGAGAAUGUUGACCUGGCCUUCAAUGGCAACCUGAACCUGCUGAAAGCCUGGAACUUCAAGAAGGAUGAUAUAUUCGACUUUCUUGAUCGCGUCGUCAACGAUCCUAAGGCGUAUUUUGAAUCUGAAGCGGACUUUCAAGACCGAAGCAGAAGGUUGGGCGAACUUAGUGCGCCUCUAAAAGACCUUAGGACCCAUAUUUUUGAUCUUUGUGCACCUGAUGGAGCCGACUUCAAGGGACGAGUGGCAAAUAUGAACCCGGACCAAAACACCUAUCGCUCUCUCAACACUGAUAAAGCAGACAAAAAGAAUAGCAAAUUCCUUGUGGAAUACCACCAGCAUGCUGAUACCUCUUACUGGAACCCGCAUGAUCUCCUAGGGCUGUUUCUAUGGGUCAUUGGGUUUGCUCCCGCUACCGCGAGCGCAAGACGCUUCUACAUUCCCAUGACAGCGGUCUACGGCCGAUGGUGUCGGGUCCUUUCGCCAUUUGCGGGAUCUGAUAUUAGCUUCCCCGCUGCCCUCCAGUGCACCUGGCGUACACGGGACGGGGGCGCCAGUGAAUUCUUUCUGGGGGGCUCACUAGCUGGAUGGGCCACCAAGGUUACCUCGGGUCCGCCCGUGGGCAAGAAAUGGCCAGAUAAGUUGAGGCUGGCGAGAUAUGAACGCAUCGGGGGUGUGAUCCCAGCGCCUUACAGUUUCGAUGUCUCGGUUUUACGUACCCCGACGUAUCCAGCGGGCACAAGAUUUGGGAACUGUGCCGAGACGUAUCCUUUCUUGGAACUGUUUAGUGAUGCCGCAAGGGCAAAACAAUGCCAUGGGAUUUCACUCGAAAGCAAAAUAGCGUAUGAUGAAACGCUCACAGAAUACAAAAUGUACCGUGAACAAAAGGUGUUUUUGAGAGGUGAAGACAAUCUUCCGGUCGCUUUCAAGCCACCUUGCGCCAACUGUCAGAAGCUGAUAGGGAUAUUCCAAGGGGAUGUCAACAACUUUUCAGUAGAGAUUGGAAACAUUACCGACCCAGACUAA